UCCGCAUGGAAGCUGAGGGUGGAGUUUCCAGGAACCCUCGGUCUGAUGAUCAGGGUAUUGAACACGUCAGAUAUUUGUACGUGCUGACAUGAGUUGCAGACGCCACCCUUGCCGAAUGAAUCAUGAAAGUCAGCUUUUCCGCUGUUCGUGGUGUAACGCCCACCGGGAGAAUAGAGUGGGCGAAUGACCUGAGUUACCUGACUCUGGAUUGACUGAUACGAGUAUUGCCCAAGAAGCCACUGAAGUUCGUGAGGUCGAGUCCCCGUUCCCACCACUAUAAAUGCGGCCAUGGCUGCUCCGUUCCUGGAGUUCAGUAGGAAUUGUCUUGUUGUUUCUUCUUGUGAAGAUUGAUUCUUUAGCAAACUAUCGGUCCGAUCUGAUUCGCAGUAUAGCCUUGCUGAUUUGCCCACCCCCCUCCAUCUUCCGCCAUGUCAAACUACUGCUUUUCGGACAAGGCUGUCGCCGCGCAAAAGACAUCGGGUUCAACACCGGUGACCCCGUACGAUGCUCUCAGUCGCUACCUCAAGUUCACCAACAGAGACUCAGACGGGUGGUGGCGACGUGUCGCUCCGUUCUUGAACAAGUUGCUGGAGCGAGCUGGCUACGACACACACCAGCAGUAUCAGUACUUGAUAUUGCUUGGAUUGCACAUCAUUCCCUUCCUUGACGGGGUUCCAGACAUGCAGCGUCCCAUGGACUAUGCGUCCGUGGUCGGAGGUAUCGGUCCGCUGGAAUUUUCACAGAAUUUCACCAAAGAUGGAAGCAAGAUGCGCAUCGGCUUGGAGCCCAUGAACCACAAACACCGCAAUGGUACAGACCCAUACAACCGGGCCGCGAUGGGUGAAGCCCUCAUGGGCCUCAAAUCACUAGGCAUCUCCAUCGACCUCCAGCUCUACCACCAGUUGGUGCCGCUGCUGAUCCUGACUGACGCCGAGGAGCUUGAAAUGCCUAACGCAACGUACUUUGUUAAGUCCGCCUCAAAAACCCAGUAUGCCCUAGCGCUCGACUUGGACAAAGGCGACGUCACAGUAAAGCAGUAUCUUAUGCCGCGCCAGAAGGCGGCCGUCACAGGCUUGCCCCUCUCGGAACUGAUCUUCAGCGCCAUCCGCACGGUCGACGUCAACGAGGUCUUCACCGACAGCGUUGCAAUGCUGGAGGACUUCCUGAGCGCCACCUACGACCCCCCAGUUGCGGUGUUCGUAAGCUGUGACCUCGUCCCGUUCCACUCCACCCGCUUCAAGGUCUACGUCGCGGAACUGAACCAGUCGCUCGAAAACAUCGCGCGCAACUGGACCCUCGGCGGCCGCCUCAAUGACUCCGAAACCCUCAAGGGUCUUGCGUACGCGCAGGAACUCUAUACGCUUUUUGGGAUCCCGGACGGCACUCGCGAUAUUAUCAGCCACCCCGUCAUCCCCGGCGAUCCCCAGUCGUUCAGCCACCUGAUGUUCAACUAUGAGUUGCAGCAGGGUGACCCUCGUCCCAAGCCCAAGAUCUAUUACGCACUGAACGCGUUGAACGAUAUGGAGAAAGCGAAAGCCUUAGUGGACUUUUUUAAGCGGGUUGGGUGGGAGAAGCAUGCUGCUGAAUUGAUCGAUAAUUUGCAGUCUUAUAUUCCCGGCGUCGAUAUCAACGAGACGACCGAACUGAUUGGCUGGCUGUCGUUCGCAUAUAGCGAGAAGAAAGGUCCGUACCUGACAAUUUACUAUCGUUAGUGGCAGGCGAUGUGCGUGUUUGUGCAUUCGAAGGUGAUACUACAGGGGUUGAGAAGCAUUGGUUAUACAAGAAGUCACAAUUUGGAAUGUGUUGAUAUCUUGUUUAAAUAUUUUUUUGAAAUUUUAUCGAACCUAGUUGGCUAUGAAUGAAACUGAGAGCAC